AUGGUUCGGCAACAAAGUUCAGUCCGCUUGUCACAGAAUGAGGUUUUCGUGAUGCCUAGUCUGGAUGAAUACUCGGAACAGGAAAUUCGGGACUAUUGGAUUUCGACUAGCGAAAACCAACAGUUCAAGGUCAUCCGAACGAUGGAACAAGGGAAGGGAAAGAAGAGAUCCUACCGAGGCUUAGAAUUACAAACAGACAAAGGUGCCAAAGAGGCGGAAAGAAGACGACUCAACUGCAUUGACCUUGUUAUGGACGAACAAGACAUCCAAAUCGGCAAGGAUAUCUAUGAUCCAAAGAAACUUCGCAAGCUAUCCAAGAAAACAUCCAAGAAAUCCAAAAAAAUGGCUCGGAAGCAAGCCAAGAAGGAUGCCACAGUAGCCCGAAGAUACCUCGAGUCUCAAUGA